GGGACAGGACGGGGAGGGGACCGGGGUCUGCGGGGGGGGGUGCAGUACUCCUACCUCCUGUUUCUCCUCGCGCGGGGCUCAGGCGCUCCGGGACCCGGACACUCAAGGCAGUGGUCAGGUGAGGUGACUACUGCCAGCCGGUGACCCCUGGGGAGCCGCGGGAGAGCGCCUGUCUCUGCGGGGGGCCUGAGCCCAAGCCCAUCAGAGCUCCACGGUGGGGUCCCACUCGGAGGCAAGUGUGGCUCUCAGCCCCCCUCGGUCCCCACCCCCUCGGGUGCUCUCUGACCUGCUCUCUCGCUCGCUCUGAAACCAAGAAUAAAAGCAUAAAAAAGAAUGAAAUAAAAUAAAGAUCAAGAAAGGAGCAAGGAAACCUUAAGGGCACAAUAAGCACCUAAUGGCUGGGAAGGAUCAUUUUGUUCCUAUCGCUCUGACCACUGUGAUUCCCUCAUUUUCCUCCCUCCUCCUGCCCAGAGGGAUGAUGCUGCAUCUCCCGGGGCCGUGGCCGCUGCUCCUGCUUCUGCUGCUGGGAUCAUGGGGGCCGGUGCCUCCUGCUGCUGCUCAGCCUCCAGGCUUCACCGCCGUUCAGUGGUUUAACACCCAGCACCUAAGAGCGAAUCAGGUGCAAUGCAGAACUGAAAUGCCUCAGAUCAAUAAUCUGCUUCCCAGAUGUAAGGGGCAAAACACCUUUCUGGUUGAGUCCUUCCAAAACGUGGUUGCUACCUGUCAACAGCCCAACAGGACCUGUAAGAAUGGCCUGGGAAACUGCCACCAGAGCGCAGGGCGGGUGAACAUGACCUACUGCCUUCUCAUUGGGCGCCGGCCCCAGUGCACCUACAGUACUACGUACCAGAACCGGUUCUACAUUGUUGCCUGUAACGACUCGCAGCCAGGCUACCCUCCCAAUCUUCUGCUUCCCGUCCACUUAGACGACACCGUCCCGCUGGGUCCUACACACUUCGGUUAAGACCAAGGUGGCCAUCGCGGUCGCUCCCCCUGGGCCAGGCUCUCUCAUGAUGUCUCUGCUUUCUCUUUCCUUUGUUGAUUCCCAUGGUUCCCAUAGAAGAAAUAAGUAAAGGGCCAAGAUGUGAGACGAGAGUAAGGGACAGCAGACAUUGGAAGCUUUUCAGAUUGGGAGCUCUGUGUGAUUGAAAGGAAGGCAAUAGGGCAGAGGGCCAAGAACGGCCCAGGCCCCAUGGUUUUCCUCUUGCACCUUCGGCCAAGCUUCCUUGCACCUGUUCUCAGCAAUAAAAUCACUUUCUCCUGCAUUCUAAGGACUGUGAGUAUGUGUGUUCGGGGUCCCUUUCCCGUGAUUGCCAGCUUGGAGCCACCUAGGUUGCCUUUGCCAACAUCCUCAGGAGAACUAUUUGGGCCUCAGUUCACCUUCGUUACUCAGGGUCCUAGGGCCUCUGUCACUUGUCUCAGCCUGUGUCCCUGGGACUUUGGAGAAGACAGUUCUCCAUCCCUCCCACUCUGCCCAGGGCUUUGACAUAUCUCCCUUGAACCCAUGGCCUAUGUUUACGGGAAGGUACCACAGGCACCUCUGUGGUACUUUCACACACAGGCUCUAACGCUGACAAUGACACAUCUUACAUCCUUAGUAUUGGCUUCCAUAUGUGAUCAACUAAUGUUUUAAAUAUAAAUAAAUAGGGGAUCCCUGGGCAGACGGCGGGGGUGGGGGGGGGGAGCUUAGCAGUUUAGCACCUGUCUUUGGCCCAGGGCGUGAUCCUGGAGUCCCGGGAUGGAGUCCCACGUCGGGCUCCCGGCAUGGAGCCGGCUCCUCCCUCUGCCUCUCUCUCUCUCUUUGUGUCUCUCAUGAAUAAAUAAAUAAAACCUUUUUAAAUAAAUAAAUAAUGUCUUCAAUAAAUGUAAUGUUCUCAUGAAAGUUCUAAGAAAAAAAAGAAAGUUCUAAUAAAAAGAUACAUAAUAUAAGAACUACCUUACAGAAAGGAAAAUAACUCUUCUCUAUUAUGAUAAAUCCCACUUCUUUGUAAAUGGGAAUUUAUACUCUCCUUCAGAGUUUCUCUUUUGUCUUCAGUUUCUCAAAAUAAUCUUUGUGUCAGAGAGCCAUCUUUUAGGGUGCUCCCUUCUGGUCUCCUACAGGAAAGAGGCUGGUUAGCCUGAAUCUCAUGAGCAUCACUUGGCCCGGGGAAGAGGAUUCGAAACUUGGAUGGAUAACCCAACGGAUAUUGCACACAGGAAAGAGAAAGACAGUUCCUGAAAGGAAAUGAAUGUGCAACUAUCCACAUGGGGGAAAGUAGAUGUGGGAAAACCCAAGCAGCAACACCAAGCUAUUAUACUGAUUGUGCUUAAAUCCAUUUUCCUCCUAAAUGGUUUUAAACACCAUCUUUUAACAUUUUACUAAAAGGAAUUUUUAUAUAUUGUUAUAUGUUCUAUAAUGGGGAGCGGGUUAUUUUUAUUUGAGAUAGAGAGAGAGAGAGAGAAGGAGCAGGAGGGCAGAGGGAGAGGGAGAGGGAAGCCCAAGCUGACUCCCCACUGAGUGCAGAGCCCCACUUCAGGACUGGAUCUUACAACCUGAGUCGGGGCCUGAGCCCACAGAAAGAAUUGCUUGGUUGCUUAACUGACUGAAUCCCUGGAGGCUGCCAAUCUGAGGUUGUCUAACUGGAUUCACCCUUCAAGUACACUUCAGUACACGGUAAUAUAAUUUCAUGAUUAUAGUGGAAUGCAGGAGGUGCUGGUGGGAGCUGGACAAUCCAAGCUGACACGGUACAGCUGUGCCUGCAGAGGGACAAGCUCAGAGGAGAGGAGAGCUGAGCGUAGCUGAGCAGGUCAGUCAGGAACCAGGAGACAAGGUGGGAAGAGCAUCCAGGGAGAGGAAACAACACCAGUAAAGUGUGAAGGGUUAAAAUAUAAUUUUAUCUAAAAGGAAAACAGGUGGCUGACUGGCUACAGGAAGGCAAUAGGGCAGAGGGCCAAGAAUGGCCCAGGCCCCAUGGUUUUCCUCUUGCACCUUCGGCCAAGCUUCCUUGCACCUGUUCUCAGCAAUAAAAUCACUUUCUCCUG